GGAUAACAAAACGUGUACUUUGUGUUGUACCCAUCUCUAUACAAAGCUAAAGCUCGGGCCUUUUGACAACGGUUCCGCAGAUUGAGGUUGGUCUGCCGUUCUGUAACUCCAGUACCAAUUUUUGUUGAAAGUUUGGGAAUUUAUUACUCAAAAGCAUACUUCUUUGGAGAAUUCCUGUUUUUUCUUUCGAAUAAGCAAUGUGCUUAACAGGAAAAUCAGAUGCAUUAUCAAGCCCCUGUGUUCAUAAUAAGGAAGAGUGGUCAAUUUUGGGUAAUUUAAUUGAUGAUUUGUUGGUUGAAGUUCUAUGCCGUUUACCAGCUAAGUCGCUAAUAAGAUCAAAGUGUGUUUGUAAAUUAUGGUGCUGUCUGAUAACUGAUGUCUGCGUGCCAAAGCUCUUGCCUUUUACUGCACUUUUUGGCUUUCUUUAUAAAGGGUGUACACAACGCAUUCAAUAUGCUUCCAAGCUUCCAUGCCGGCUGGAUAAUCAGAUUCUGUUCGCGCUCAACACAAGAUUUGCGAAGUCUUUUUCUGCUUUGAUGCCGUUUGAGCCUAAUACAAGAGAUUUCCUUGACUGUUGCAAUGGUUUGCUUCUAUUUGUCAGGGGAUCUGUCCCUCAGUACUACAUAUGCAACCCUGCAACCAAACAAUUGGUUGAGAUCCCCCCAAACAGUAUGCAGGAGAGAUCUUGUUAUGCAGCUUUAGCUUUCCAUCCUCUUGAGUCUCCCCAUUACAAAGUUGUGUGCUUUAAUCAUUGGCCAGAUUUCCCUAAAUCCGGCACAGUAACUCUUGAUGUGUUUUCAUCCGAGUGUGGGAAGUGGCUUCGUCAUCCAAUGACCCUAGAGACUACUGUUAAGGUUGCUACAUGGACCAAGCGCUGUGUUUAUUUGAAUGGUGUUUUGUACAUGUUAUCUCACUCAAAACACCUUUUACAUUUUGACCUCAAUGAAUUGAAUUUUUGUGCUACUGAUCUUCCAGAGAAGGAUAAAACAGAUGUAAGGGGUUUCAUUGGUGUCUCUAGGGGCUGUUUAUAUUAUUCAAAUCAUGAUGGCUCAACCUUGUUUGUUUGGGCACUUCAGGUCCAACACAAAAUAAGCAAAUGGAUAUUGAAGCACACUAUUCGCAUAAAUGAUUUUGUCAAAGAUUGCUACACUGGAAUAUGGCGCAUCGUUGAGAAAGCUUCAUGGUUUAAGCCAUAUGCCUUGGAUCCAAACUCCGGAGUAAUUUUUAUUGGGGUUAACGGAGGAGUUUUUAGGUAUGAUCCUGACAAUAAGACAUUGGAAUUGGUUUAUUCUGUGACUCCAGAUGAAGGAAUAUUCUCUGGUGAUUGUGCUGUGUUUACAUAUACUCCUUGCCUGCUGAAUUUGAAAGACUGCCGGCAUGUUCCAUAUGUCUUAGGGUAAUGGUUAUGAAAUGAAGCAUUCACUGAAAAGCAGUCGAGUUGUUUUGCCUCUUUCUUAUCAGAUUCCUUCCUUACUCCUUGUUGAUUCUUUAUUUUGGAAAUAUUCAGAUUCAUGCUAUCCUUGCCUUCUGGACCGAUUAGCAUUAAAUAGUGCAGAAUGGUAACAUGUAAUGACCUUGUCAUUUGUUUCAUACUGUCUAAUUGUUGUCCUUCAAAAGGUGGAUUAUGCAUUUUAAAUUACACUAACUUUGUACUAUUUUUAUCUGUGAUUUUGUCAGAGACUGCUUGAAUGGAGUACUGCAAUAUAUUGCUACUCCAUGGUUUAUGCCGUGUGCAAUAGAUCCAAAUUGUGAAGUGAUUUUCAUUUUGGUUACCAGAACCUUAUUUUCAUUUUUGUUGUAUUGUAAAGUGAUUAGCAUACUGGUUUAUUCUCUCAGGUCUAACUAGGGAAUACUCUAGAGCCAUUUACUCCUUCCUUAGUUGUGUUGACGGAUUGCAGAUGCAUUGCAAUCUGUGUUGUGUCAUGUACUUACUACGCUCUAACUCAUUGU